UUUCUUUUCUUUUCUUAGGGGCUAAGCCACCCACCUUGUCUUAAUGCCCAAGCCAUCAAUUUCCCAAAACUCUCAUCCCUCUCGCUAUAAGUAAUUCCCAGAACCUCGACUCAAAACCCCCAUUUCUAGACCCCAAAAGCACUCAGAUUCUUCUUUUCAGUCCCAUCAUCAAUGACGAAGACAAAUUCGUUGAAAUCAACAGCUGUGGUAGUUGGUGCCCUAGCUUGUGGGUGGCUAGCCAUUGAGUUCGCCUUCAAGCCAUUUCUCGAGAAAGCUCGUGCUGCCUUGAACAAAUCUGACCCUGCUCGUGACCCUGAUGAUGAAGAUGAUCAGAACUCGCAACCCGGUAAAUCUCCAUUUGAGAUUAAUCCUUCUGAAGAAAGUCCCUGAUUUUGAAUUUUUCUUUUUUUCUUUAAUUUUGGUUGAUCGAUUCGGUUUUAAGUAUUAUUAGUUGUGGUUAUUAGUUUUCGGUUUUUGAAUAUGCUAAAUUGAUAAUCAAAUCAAUAAGAUAUUUGUUAUCGAUUUU